AUGGAGUCUUACAUGCCUGUCUCGUUCAGUGUAAAGAAAAGUAAAUAUUUCACAGAUGGAACGAAGCACGUGUUCCAGGAAAUACAAUCUCAAGAUUUUUUGCUUCUAAGCAUGCUUGUAGAUGAAAAGAAGCAUAUCCGAAAACUAGCUCUAAGAAGAGUAAUAACAGCGAGAAACUUAUCAACAAGACCGUUACCUAGGAACUUUGUUACCCCAAAACUUAUUUUCAGUGCAACUGACUACACAGAGAUGAUAGACUGGGGCAGAUGUCAGUAUCGUCGCCACCACUACGGCGAAGAUCAACUGAUAAAGAAAUGUCUUCAAUGA